UCAGGUACUUCUUCUUUUAGACGAAGGCUGUAGAAUUUUGGACACUUACACGAACUUUGCUGGUAAAAAGGAACUUGAGAAUGCUGUUUAUUAUUCUUUAAGAAUGCUUGAACAUGGUCUCGCUAUACAACAACAGUUUCUUAGUCUUCUCAGCUCAGGAAAUAGUUCACUUCUUUUACCUGGACUUAACAGACUAAUACUUGGCAUCAACCCCGUUACGAGUAAACCUGACCAUCUUUUGAAUGUAGCCAAGUAUGUUACUUACGAUCAUUUAUUAUCAAGACAUGCCUUACCGGCUGUUAAUAUUCUUUAUUUAAUAACUUCCUUAUCAUCAACUCCACCUGGCCAUCUCCUUUCACUUUUUACGGCUGGUGAAUUGAGACCAGGAUUUGUCGGUGCUUUAGAAGCUGAUGAAGAUGAGGAAGAAAUAGUUCAAAUGAAAACUUCUAUUUGUAAUUUUCUCCUUCAAACUCUAUCACUUGGUGCCCCGAAUGUUGCACAUUAUCUAUUUGGUUUUGACCUCAAUAAAGAAAUAAAAAAAACAGAAUUUCAACAGCCAGGUGUACGGGGCCAACCCAGAUCCUGUCUCCACUCAGUUAUCGGAAGGCUAAACAAUUUUCUAAUUCAUCCUAGUGAAAGUUCACCAGCUUUAGUUGAACUUUAUUAUAAAAUAAUUUAUGCAUUGGCAUAUAAUACUCGUACUUCAGAACCUGUUUUACGUUUUCUUCGUAGUUCAGGAGACUUUCUUAGAAGACAUUUAUCUGCUCUCCCAUUCUGUGAUAAUCCUACAGAUGUUGAACUGAGACAAAUGAGUUGGCUUUUGAAAACAGUUGCCAUUGAAAUGAAGGUAACUGGAUCUAACCAACAGCUGUCACAGUUAGCUAGUAUAGUGGAGGUGUAUACUGGAGAUCAAAAGCAAGCUGAUUCUGAUACCAUUGACCAAACGUUUCAGAGCGGUUUGGAAAAAACAAAAGUUAAUGAACAGCUUGUGUUGCGUUUGAUAAAACAUUUGAACUUUGAUGUACAACCAGUUGCCUUACCUCGUUUAGAAUUUUUCGAUUCCAAUACAAUUAAAAAUCUUCUAACCGAAAAUGAGAUGGAGGAAGGACGUCUUAAAUUGAUCAAUCCUAAAAGUGUUCAUGUUUCUCUGAUGAAGCACUGUAAUAUAACAGAGUCUUCGGAUAAGGAAAUGAGUGUUGCUAAAAAGAAAAGCCAUUUACUUGAUGAAAUUAAUGAAAUUCUGAAGUAUGUUGAGGAAUACAAUAACUCUAAGAAAGUUUUACAUGCUACAGCUAGGUAUUUUGAUGCGUGGCGUCAAGCUACCGAAGUAAUGUUUGCCUUUGCCUCUCAAGAUGCACUGAAUCUUGAAAAAAGAUUCAAACUACUUGUGGACAUUAUACAUGAACUGCUGAGCAAGGCAGUUGUUUCUUCAACUCAAUCUGAAAUUGCCAAAUUGGCAUCUGGCUCUAUUCUUCUUCUUUGUGUCGAUCUUCGCCAGACAUAUAUUUCAGAUCUUGGUAAAGAUGAUGAGUCUGACAGCAAGCUGUGCAAUUUUCUUGAUUCUAAAUACUCCAGCAUUGAGUAUAAACUAACAACUAUACUUACAAAUCUGAUUAAAUGGAUUCUAUCAUCAGGAGUAGCAACUCAGAAAUUAAGAGCUAAUCUGUAUGCAGCCCUUCUAAAUUUUCUUCAGUUAAAUCGUGAAAAAGUUAGUGGAUCAACGAAACCAACCGGCUUAUCUCGUGACAGUACUUAUGUAACAUUACUUGAUAAUACCACAAUGGAAGUACAAAGACCAGCUUUAGGGAUUUUCAUGUCGAGUUUUAAUUCCAUUCGUUCUUAUGGUGAUCGUCUUGUAGAUAUUCUUUGUCACGAUUCUUCAACUGGUCAUGAUAUUUGUAAGAUGCUGGCCUUGUCUUGCCUUGAUAUGGUUGUGGAACUGGAUUCUGAUAUUUCUUGGAUAAAUGUCUUAUCAUCAAGAGGCUAUAUGAAGUUUAUUAUCCACUCUCUUUUAGACUCUGAUAAACAACUUGUUGCACUCCUUUCUAAUAAUGUGAAGUCUCUCAGAGCACUCUAUGUUUAUGAAUCCAAAAUGGCUUUACUUUGCCGUGUUGCCUCAAUACCUUCUGGUGCAGAAAUGUUGCUUGAACAAAAUGCUCUGUCAUGUCUUUCAACAUUAAAUGUUUAUAAUAAACAUCCUGAAAUAACUACAAACAUACCAUUGCCAGUUAUGGACAUGGAUUUUGUUCCAAAUGUAAGUACACGAUACCUUCAAAUAUUGUCUCCAGCUCUUGCUCUCUGUGAUGCAAUAAUAUCUUCUAUGGGUGUUGAGAACCAGGCAGCCAUUGUUCAGGUUCUAAAAUUUCUACUUUGUCAUGGGGAAAUGGUAACGUUAGUGCUGAGGUCUGGAAGUCCUUUUCAUCCUUUAUGUUAUUUGAAAGAACUUGCUCAAUUGACUGGUGUUAUUGCUCGAUCAACAAAUGAUGAAAUGAUUAAAGCAGUAGGAGAAGAAGGAAUGGAUCCAGGUAGUGUUUUAGAGUCAACUGCACUUUUCACGAGGAUUCAAAGACUAAUGUUAAGCCUUGUUUCACGCUUUGUGAUAUCUGAAAGCUUGUUAAGAGAUAUUGAAAAAGAUGUAGAUCCCUCUGGUAUGAAUCCAAGGGCAAAGUCUGAAGUAGUGAUCACAUUUCUUGAGAUUGUUUCUCAUUUACUUCUGUAUGCAAGAAAUCUAGUUUCAAAUGGUGGAAUGGACAGAAGAAUUACAAAUGUAAUUUUCCAACCUGCUUUAUCAGAUUCUCUUCCAGAUCGUAGAGAUAUGCUGACGAUGCAAGAAGCUACUUUAGGAGUUAUUGUUCAACAGCUGGUUCAAGCUGUUCAGUAUCAUACCAGGGAAAAGGGCAACCACGAAGCAGCUAUUAGAAAGCUUGAAACAGUCAAAAAUUUAGAUUCAAAAUCUUUGGCCCAGUACCUGCCUCAACAGAGCAAUAACUUAAAUGAUGAAUGUGAGCGAAGAAGACAAGUAACCAAAAUUUUACAACAGCAGAGAGAUGAUAAGCAGAGAGAACUUGAAUAUUGCUACUUCAUUAUCGAGCAUUGUCUGUACAUAAUUUGGGCUCAUCUUGAUUUCUAUAUGCUAAGAGGAUUGUCUACUAAAACUCUAGAACUUUCAAAACAUCCCAAAGGUCCUCAAGCAAUGGAUUUUGACAUAUCCUGGAGUGUUACAUGUGAUGACUUAAAUCAUCUUAAACAAGGACUUCUUUCAGUGUUUAGUGACACCUUCAGUAAAACUCUUAUCUCAAUUGUCAAGGAUAUGGAGCCAAAAGACAAAGGGUUUUUAGAAGCACUUCUGAGGAGGAUAAAGAAGCUGAUUCAAUUCGUGCCUAACUAUUAAUAUAGAAUUAAUUUGUUUUGUACCACCAUUGCUAACCUUUUACAAAUGUCGUCUGUUACAUAUUGUAUUUUUAAAUGUAUCCAUUCCAUUCAAAGAGUUUUGGAUGUGAUACUUUGCAUUUAAUAAAUGCAUUGAUCUGUUUUCCAAAUAUACACAAGAUGUAUUAGUGUAAAUGAUGUUUCGAUUGUUUAUAUUUACUUGAUUUUUAUUUUUUCUUAUGUAUAAAAUUGUUAAAAAUAAAGAUUCUUAAUAAGGACUUUUUUUUAUUCCUGCCUCUAUGUGAUAAAUAAAAUCUUUUUAAAAUAAUUAAAGUAUAGAUUGUACAUUAAAAAAAAAAAAAAACUAAUUUAUUUUAGUUAAUCUGAGGAAUGACUGCUUCAUCCCAUGGACCAUAUAUAUUUUCCUUGUAUCUUUGCCAGCUCACAAAUAAGAUAGGACAAAUCACAUUAAUAAACAAUACAGCUCCAAUGAACAUAACUGUCAUUAUAAAUGAUAUACUAUACAAACCAAUAAUACAUAAAACAACCAUGAUGGCUGGGAUGACUGGCUUACUACCUAUCUUAGAAAAAAAUAUUGGGCAUAAGACAAAUGAUUCUAUAGCUGUUGUCAAAAUAACAAAUGUAUCAAAUGGUGUUGGAAGCCUUGAAGCCAAACAUAGAGAUCCAAAAGUAGUUGCAUUAAUUGAUAAGGAACUUGAAACAAUAAGAACUUUGACACCAUAGUCAAAAAAUAUAAGAUGAACAGUCAUCAUAAAUGCAGUCAUCGCAUAUAUUGUAUCAGUGCUGAUAGUAGCUGUGAGAGUUUGUAGAACAGGAGAUAGAAGCCAUCCCAGAAACAAAUAAAACACUAUAUCAUAUAAAUGUCUUAAACUCGGGGCUUCAAUUGAAAUAUAAAUUAAAUAGCCACACAAUGUUAACAAACUGGUUCCUGUGAAUACAGCUUCAGCAGAAUACCAUCCGUUGUACAUAUAUACAAAACUAAAAAUGAAAAAAAUCACUAAACAAAAUUCUUGAGUCACUAAACUUGCUCCAACAAAUGCUUUUUUGUAUGUUACUUCAUGAAAGUGGACAUUUUUUUCCAUUCCUUCUAGGAAAGAUGAAUCAGUGUAAUUAUCUGGAUACUCUUGCUUUUCAUAAAGUAUUUUCCUCCAGGUUUUUUUGUUCUGGUUCAUUAUAGUUGGUUUUUUCUCAUACUAAAAAUUACUUUACAAGUCGACGUUCUUCUGGCGUCGUCGGCCAUAGUUACAUUUGACCUUUUCAAUCAUACUGCACCACUUUACCUGCAACAACUUGUUUGAAUCGUAAGUUUUUUUUUCAAUGAACUUUUAUUUCGUAAUUCAUAUUUGGAUUUGUAUAGUAAUAACUAGGUUGCUCUAUGACUGAUUUCCAUAACCUGAACUUAAUUACAGAACAGAAGGCUCUAUUACCAAUUUAAAGGCUACUGUUACUGAAGAUGAAAUAUAGAACUUGAAUAAUCCAAUAAAUGGAGCAUCCAGUAACAACUGGACAAAAAUCACCAAUAUCUGCAGGAGAGUCAACUUCUGGGUCCUUAGAUCAGAGUAAAAUAAAAUACAGUAAGAUAGAAAGUAAAGAUAGUUUGAUAUAUGAUACCAUCAAAGGCAAAAAGAAAUCUAGAAGAAAAGCAAUAUCUUAUCGAAAAAGUAAACCCAGUCCUGUUCUAAAGGUUGAUGAAGAAACUAAUGUAACUAGUACUAGUGAUAACACGACGAAUACCCCUGAAGAAUUAGACCACUUUAGUCAAACAAAUAGUCAGAAUGGAAGCAAUUCGUCUUCUGGAGAUGAUAACUGGCUCAACCACGUUAUUUUAUCUCAUAUUUUAAAUGCAAAAAAACUGGAGCUGAUGGAAAAUGAAGAAGUUAUUAAUGCGUUAACGAAUAAAAUAUGAUACGACUUAGAAUAGAAAAAAAAUCAAGUAACUAAUCAGCACCAAUUUGACUUUUAUUGUAUAUACAAUUAUCAGAGCGCUCUAGGGUUUACAAUGACGAGUUAGUUGUGUUGCCUAAUCCAGAUGUGUACGAAGGAACGCCAUAUGUUGAAGACAAACAUCAUAACGAUUGUAUAUACUGUUGAUUGUGUGUAAACUUUUGUGAAUGGUUCUUGCGUGUAUGAUCUGGUGCAUACGCCGCCACGGUCGAACUAAAUGAAGGCAGAAAACUGCUUAACUAUUGUUUUAUUUGAUUUUAUGUCAAAAAAUUGUUGAAUUUUAAACUAGCUAUCAUGUAGGAAAAUAAUGUUUAUUUUGUUGUUAGUGUUUUAUUUGGAAAUUUGCUAAGAGACUUUUUAAAUGAAAAUGGACCCAAUGUGUUACAAUUCUUACAAUGGUGUGCCUCAAGAAUCAAAGCUUGCCACUUAUAUGAAAAGGCAAACAGAAGGCCCUCCAAUUUCAAAUUCGUUAAAUAAAAAUUUAUCGAACUUGUCAUUGAAUGAUCCACUUCCAGUGUUAAAGAAGACAGCCUCUGGAGCUAGUGAAUUUAUUCCUAGAAGUUCACCAGCUCUUCAUUUUUCUAAUUCCACAUCCCCACUGACAGUUACUGCUCAGUUAAAAAAUUCAUCACCAACUCCAACAGUUCCUACUUAUCAAGAAUAUGUAGGAGGAACAACAUAUUUUUAUGCAACUCCUGAGGCUGUUUCUAACGAUGAGGAAGUUGUAAGCAAUGCUGCUGUCACGUUAUACCCCGGUACACCUUCUCAUGCGAAGACUGCUUUGGCACAUCUUGCUCGUAAUGCGGAUACUUCAUAUCACAUGUCUAACCAAUUGAGGUUGGAAAUUCAGCAUAAGAACAAUCUGACUUUAUUACAACCAGAUCCUAAUUUAUAUCCUGAUUUGCCUUUAGAAGUGGACAAUUACCAUGAAUUAGUCCCACUGGAACCACUGCCUGCUGUACCAAAACCUCACUUAAUUAUACCAUAUCAAACCUCUACUUACAAAGCUACUAAUGUGAAGACUGGUUUGAGAUAUUGUCUUAGGCGGGUGCAUGGUUUCAGAUUGGCCAACUCAAAAUGUAUGGUUUUAGUAGAUAUGUGGAAAAAAAUAAAUCAUUCCAACAUAAUUCAGUUGCGCGAAGUUUUUACAACAAAAGCCUUCGGGGAUCAAUCCAUGGUGUUUGUUUAUGACUAUCAUCCGGACUCAGAAACUCUUUUGGCUCACCACUUUACAUCCCCUGAAGCAGUAAAUGGAUAUACAGACUCAUUUUCUUCAAACCCUAAUGCACCCAGACCUUAUUCUCAUAACAAAAAUUCUCUUCUCAGACAACAGCACACGAGCAGUAUGCUUCCUGAGACUACAAUCUGGUCAUACGUGAUUCAGCUGACGGGUGCUUUGGCUAUGGUCCACGCUGCCAAUCUAGCUUGUCGGGUAAUAGACCCAUCCAAAGUACUUCUCACUGGGAGGUUGAGGCUGCAGUUAUCUUCAACUGGCAUACUUGAUCUUCUCACGUUUGAUUCAUCAUCUAACAACCCCUUAUCGCUCAUACCACAUUACCAGCAAGAAGAUUUGACAGCUUUGGGGAAGCUUAUUCUUGCAUUGGCCUGCCGUUCUUUGAUUGCUGCUCAGAGGGACAACCUUCAGACAUGUCUGGAUCUCAUGUCAAGAACAUAUAGUACAGACCUAAGAAAUGUUAUAUUGUGA